UUUCUUCUAGUCUCCGAGACUCCGCCGAAGCAGUCGUUUAAUUUUAUGUUGAUUUAUUAAUUUAAUUAAUUGUAAAUUAAUUUGAUUUUAGUCUAAUUUCACAAAUGCGACACAUUAAAUUGAACUAAGCUUGAGAAAUGGCCAACAUUCACAUUUUAUUCUUCCUGUCUACCAUCCUGCUAUGUUCGGCGGAGUUUGCAGACUACAUGCAGGUUUACGAACAAGAAUGUCUGGGGGAGAAUAGAAUCCACUGCAGCGAUGGGACUUGUAUCUUCAACCAUCAGUAUUGUGACGGGAAGGUUGAUUGCUUGGACGGUUCCGAUGAAAAUCUAUGUACCGACCAGACUCCGGAUCCUGGGCUGUGCAACACUACCCACCACUUCCUCUGCGAAGACAAGAAGAAGUGUAUCAAGCUCACUUGGCUGUGCAACAACAAGACAGACUGUCUGGAUGGCAGCGAUGAAAAAAAUUGUACAGGGGUUAAACGUCCCUAUUCGGAUUGCAUGGGCUUCAAAUGUGUAAGUGACAAGCGCUGCAUCUCAAAACUGUGGGCCUGCGACGGCGCUUACGACUGCGUGGACAACAGCGAUGAAACCCCUGAAACAUGCCGAGAAUACGAUCGCGAGUCCUCCUUGGAAGCCUUGUUGGAGAACUGUGAAGAUCCAUGGUUUCAUAACAAGACUUAUAUGUGUCAGGAUAUGAAGAUGUGUGUCCCUACAGACUAUAUGUGCAAUGGUAUGCAUGACUGCAAGGAUGGUAGCGACGAAGGUGACUUCUGUGCCAAUUGGAAAACAAUGUGCACUAACGAAACUUGCCCUUCGCAUUCCAAUGCUACUUGCUUCCCUGAGCGCGAGGGUCCAGUUUGCAUCUGCCCGUACUACCAGUACUGGGACAAGGCCACCAACACCUGUAUACCCAUGGACAUGUGCAGUGAAGCUCGACCACGUUGCUCACAGAUCUGCGAGAGCAGAAAAUCAGGGGCGUUUUUAUGCCAUUGUGAAGAGGGGUAUCUCUUAGACGGGCAUAAGAUUGGUUAUGUCUGCAUGGCGCCAGACCCAGAAGCAAUGCUAUUCUUUAGUACCCGCAACGAAAUUAAAUACUUCUUGCUAAAAUCUAAAAAAGUGAUCACAAUUGCUACAGGCGUUAAACAGGCUCAUGGAUUGACCUAUGAUGGCAAGUUCUUGUACUGGGUGGAAACAGCACAGGGACACCAGGCUAUAGUGAGGGCGCAACUUGAUGAUGUUGCUGGCACUAAACAGGUGGUAGUAGGCCUAGGCCUGGAAGACCCAGGUGACAUCGCCCUGGAUUGGCUUGGAGGGCACAUUUACUUCGGCGAUGCUCAGCGCGGCGUCAUUUCCGCCUGCACCUCUAAUGGCUCCAUGUGUACCACCAUACAAACUGAUGCAAGGGUGCCCAAGUUUAUUACGUUGAAUGUUAGAGCCGGCGAGAUGUACUGGGCGGAUUGGCAUCACAAGCCGGUGAUAAUGAGGUCCCGUAUGGACGGGUCUAAUGCGCGCGUGCUAGUGGACACUAUGGACUCCUUCGCCAUGGGGCUCGCUGUGGACCCGCCCUCCAACCGGCUCUACUUCAUUGACAACACCAUUAAAGGCGUCCGACUUGAUGAUGGGCGGGUGUUUUCAAUAUUCGAUGUGGACGUCUACCGUCCGUACGCGCUGACUGUGUUCGAGAACGGCAUCUAUUUCGGCGACUGGAAUUCCAAUAGCAUCCGGACUUCGUUGAAGCUCGUCGGGACCGCCAGCGGCCCAGUCACAUCAGUAGACUCAGCUGUCUAUGGGCUCCACAUGUACCACAAGAUCCUGAUGCAGUCCAAGUCGAACCCGUGCGCGGUUAACAACUGCUCCCACUUCUGCCUGCUCACCUCCAAUGAGACGUAUGCGUGCGCUUGCCCCGACGGCCUGCAGCUCGAUGACACCAACAACCGGACUUGUCUACCUAUCCAACACUAUCGACCACAAUAUUUAGUGGUGGGCAGCGGUUCUACCUUCACCCGAAUACAGUACAACACCCUCGGCAACCCGGAAACACAUGCAGCGCACUUCGACAUUGGAAGAGUACAAGCCAUGGCUUACGACAGUCUGAGAGACACGCUGUAUAUAUACGACGCGCAGAGGAAGACGAUAAACUACAUUAAUAUGACUGACUUCACCCGCGGCGUCACUCGCUUGCUGCUCUAUAAGGGGCUCGAAAACGUCGUCGAUAUGGACUAUGACUACAUGACGGACUCCCUGUACUUCGUGGAAGCAGCCGGCCGCUACCUGGAGGUGGUGUCCCUCAGCACCGGCAAGCGCGCGCUCGUGCACCACUUCAUCGACGAGAUACCCGUCAGCUUGUGUGUGCUGCCUGAUUACGGCAAAGUUCUGGUGGCGGUCUUGGAGAGCGAACAGAACAAUGACGUGCACGUGGACAUCUUCGGUCUGGACGGCUCCGACCGCAAGCAUAUACUGCUUAACAACUUGAAAGGCCCCCACAUCCGUCUGAGGUAUGCGCGUGAUAUGGACAACGUGUUCAUAGCAGAUGAGGGCAACAGCGUGAUUGACUACAUGCAUCCGCAAGGCUCAGCCCGGGAGACAUAUCGGGAGCUGUCGACGACGGUGACCGAGCUGGCGGUGACUUCGACCUUGGUGUUCUGGUCGGACCGCCGCAGCAGCCGGCUCUACUGGGCGGACAUACACGACGUCUCUAGGAACAUAAGACGCAUUGAACUCUCGAUAUUCCCGAACAGGUCACACCUGCACAUCCAAGCAACAUCGCAGCCUCCGUUGGCCUUCAAGCACCCCUGUCAACAAAAUCCGUGUUCAGACAUCUGUGUUCAAAUUCCUAGAAAAGACCCCUUGGAUACUGGCCUUACUGAAGACAUAGGGUACCAAUGCCUCUGCCCCGCUGGCAUGGUCAACGUAGACGGGAACUGUUCAGCUCUUGCAACGUGCAAGGAGGAAGAAGACUACUGCCACCACAGCAACACUUGUAUCCUGAAGAGCAGUGUCUGCGAUGGAAGGAAGGAUUGUCUACAUGGCGAGGAUGAACAGGGUUGCGAACAUAAACAUGGCACGUGUGCGAUGGCCGAAGUCAUGUGCGAAGGAAAAUGUACUGAUAAAAACAAGGUCUGCGCGUCCACUACGUCAACACCAGCACCAGUGACCUGCAGGGCGGGGCAGUUCGAAUGCGUGAAGGACCGGCUGUGCAUAGACCGAGCGCAGAUGUGCGACGGAACUACUGACUGUACUGACGGCAGCGACGAGGCACAAACGCUCUGCUCUACCUUCAACUGCUUACACACCGAGUUCAUGUGUGCGUCUGGCCAUUGCGUCCUGAAACCGUUUUUGUGCGAUGGGGAGCCAGAUUGUAAGGAUGGUUCGGAUGAAAAUGAUUGCGCCAACAAAACCUGCAGCAAAGGGUUCUAUCAGUGUCGGAACCUGCAAUGUAUCGAGUUAAACAAGCGCUGCGACCAGAAAAUGGACUGCUACGACUAUUCCGAUGAACAGGACUGUGAGGAUCCCGACUUAGUAGAUACUCAGGAGGAGGAAGAGGAGGUAGAGGAGGUAGAUAAUUGCGCCGAGUGGGAGUACACUUGCGAACAGAACAGGAGUAUUUGCCUCCCCCUCAGUGCUCGCUGUAACAAUAAGCCAGAUUGCCCUGGUAAGACAGACGAGAAGAACUGCGACUCAUGUCGCGACGGUGGGUUCCAGUGUGAACAGGAGGAUACCAAAUGUGUGCCCAGGACGCGCAUCUGUGACGCCACUAAGGACUGCCAAGACGGAACUGACGAAACGCCAGCUGCUUGCGCGAGAGUGAACAUGACAUCCCGGCUAUACCCGGUACCAGUAUACCCUCGUGAGCAGUGUCACGAUGGAUUCCAGUGUGAGAACGGGCAGUGUGUGGAGUGGCAGACCGUGUGCGAUCAGCAACCCAACUGCUUCGACGGCUCCGACGAGGGAGAAACUUGUGCAACGGCCUGUGACCAGCACACCUGCUCGCACAAUUGCCAGCCGACACCAGUCGGGCCCCACUGCCGCUGUCCACCCGGCUACGAGCUCACCGUUGACCAGAAGGCCUGUGUCGACGAGGACGAGUGCGCCAAGGACGUCUGUUCACAGAACUGCUUCAACACUGUCGGGUCUUUUGUGUGCUCCUGUCAUCACGGAUACGCUCUUCGAUUCGACCGUCGCUCGUGCAAGGCAAUUACAGGCAACAUGACAUUCUUGUACGUGAGCGGCAAUUCCGUGCGCUCCAUCACCAGCGAUGGGAAAAUAUCCGUUGAAUUCAACGAUAGUAAAAUUGACAGCUUCACAGACAUGGACUAUGACGUCAGCAGGCGUCUUAUGUACGCCACCUCGGCGUCGAACGGUCGCCUUCUGCAGGUCAACAGCACUGGCAGUACUGUUGCCGUCACCAAUAUCGGAAUACCCACUAUGGUGGCUGUGGACUGGAUUACUGGGAACGUGUAUUUCGUGGAUGCCACGCCGGGCGCCUCACGGGUGCGAGUCUGCAAUAUCGUCAGAAGGAGGUGUGCCAAGCUGCAGAAACUGCCUUCUAGUGCUGAUGUGACAGCCCUGAUAGUGGACCCGUCAGCGCGCCGCAUGUUCUACUGCAUCACUCGCGACCUGGAGUCGGUGAUCUGGUCAGCCACGUUCUCUGGCCGACUGGUGACACAGGUAGCCGUUGUACAAAACUGCACCGGUCUCGCCGCGGACUCGUUUAAGCAGCGCCUGUACGUGGCGGAGACCGGGCCUGCCAAGAUAGUGCCCAUGGACUACAACGGGAAUCGACACAAGAAAAUCCUCACAAACGACCCUUACCUCCAAGCGCCGCGACAUCUCGAGAUCUUCGAAGACCACAUCUACUUCAUAGUCGCCAACUCGAUCAAAUUGAAUCGCUGUCUCUUAUACGGCAAGAAACACUGUGAGAUGUACCUACAGCGAGUGUUCAACGCACAAACUUUUAUCAUCAAACAUGAAAGUGUCCAAAGAGAUGAUCUGCAGAAUGUGUGUCAAGAUAAAUGCGAGAGUCUCUGUGUGUCUGGGGACAGGGAGCCAAUGUGCAUGUGUGAAGAUGGAGCGGUUACCAGGCUGGGGACCUGCGUGAUGCCUCCUAAGGAAGAGCUGCCGCUCUUCAACGGGUAUACGUAUGUGGACAACGUGGGCCGUAGCUCCUACAUCGUUAUCACAGUACUCCUCUGUAUGGGAGCCCUGGCCAUCGCCUCCGCCAUGACCUACUUUUACUGCAAAGCUAAGGGCGAAGGCGCUGCGCAUUACUUCCCGGUGCGGUUUAGAGCUACGGCAUCGUCCAUAGCAACGUCUAGUUUGGCCGCUAGCGGCAGUGGGACGGACAGCGGGUCGCCAGCGGAAAGCGAGCCCAGCGUCCAGUUGCCUUCUGUCGGGGCCUCCUAUCACGAGUUUCUCAACCCGAUGCAAAUGUACAGAAAUUUCCGGCAAUCCUUACGGAGGACACGACCGGUCGGUACGGCAGGGUUGGUGAUAAACGUCCCACCUAUGGACGCGCCCGCGACAGCUUCGCACUUGAUCGUAACCGACGACCACGAACAAAUCGUCAACGCUGAUGAACAGCAAUAACAUCAGAGGAUCUAAAAAGGCCACAUGCAAAACAUUUAAUUAAAAAAAAAAAAAACAAUAUUGCUAUUUGACACUUUUUAUAUUUAUAUUCGCAAAUGUCAAAUCAAGCCACGCGCGCACUACGAGUUUUUCGCCGCGCGGCGGAAAAAAGCAGCGGCAUAAUGUCGCACUGUAAUACUGCGCCGCUGCGGCGGCUCUUCCGUCAAAUGCGCGCAAUACAAUUUGAAACUGUUACGUGGCGAAAAACUCGUAGUGCGCGUCUGGCCUUACUGAACAGGGUUAAGGUACCAGACUUGCACCAAUGAUUUGUUAAUUUAUUUCACGUGCUGUUUUCACACAGUCGAAUGGAUCAUUAUAGACGGCGAUACGGAUCACCACCUAUCACGCUGGUCUAACAGAAACGUCAGUGAGGUGUGGGUACUUAGUUCGUCUUGCGAUGGAUGUAUCUUUGCCCACUUCAAUUGGUAUAAAGUUUUGCGCUAAUGUUUUUAGAUGAAUUGAUGUAAUGUGGCCUUUUUAAGUCCCCAGUUAUUGCAAGACGCUGACGCAGCGGAUAAGCGCUGCGUUUUUUCUAUAGGGUAAUUUUCGGUAAAAAAAAUCAGUUCCUUUUUUAAUUCAAGUGCCUUAAAGAUCAAUAAAUGUAAUGUUUACUUAGGUAUUAUUUUUAAUAUAAGUGUGUAAGUAAUAUUAAAUUUUAUUAUUAUGUGAAUUUUAACAUGCAGUGGCGGCCCUAUGGCGGUGCGAGGGGUGCCACCGCACCGGGCGCCGAAAUGGUGGGGGCGCCAAAAUCAAGCAAGACUGCUUCACCCUGGCCGCAAACUAACAUCAUCGGGUUAGAUUGGCCAUACCGGGUGCCCGUAAACUUUAACGUAAUUUUUUUUUUUAAUUUAAGUGGCUGAGGGGUGCCAAUUUGAGGUCUCGCGCCACUUAAACAUUUUGCUAGAGCUGCCACUGUUAACAUGUAAUAUUUCGAGCAGUGAUCUAAUUAGGUACUACGCAGUAAAACAGAUACGGGUAUUCAGGUAGGUACCUACUUUCAUUUUCUUUUAGGUUGUAAUAUAAAACAAUCUCCAACAGCAAUGUUUUGAUAUAAUUGUUGAAAUAUGGCGCCUAUUCGGGCGCACGUAAACUUACCUUAAUUUUAUUUCGCUAGCUCCUAAAGUAGUUGCAAUAAGUGCAAGAAAGAGAUAGAACUACUUUUAGUCCAGCAGGGCUAACAAUGCGCAACGUGAUAAAAUUAUCGAUCGAUCCAAUAAAUUUUGUCGAGGUCGAUAAGUUUGUUUUUUUCCCUAACAUGCGUGCCACGUGAUUUUGUUCGUAUUUUGAAAGAACAACAUGACUUGAGUUCACAUUAGCACCAAUCGACAAUACGACAUAAUUAUAUCGUCAGAAUCGAUAAAAUUACCGUGAUAAGAUUUUAUCGCGUUGCGCAUGAUAGCCUUACAGGCAAAUUAUGUUGGCGGUUGCUCGAAUCGGCAAACUUUUCAAACUUUUGACGUGAAUCACAGCGCUGAACGGCGAGCAUAGUUACCUAUAGUGAGUGACUAGUCUGUCCCGGUUUACUCUGGUGAUCCAUGUACUUACGCCCUAAAUCCUCGUUACAGAGACCCGCAGUUUACGUCUUAGGUUGAUCUUCCAACGUCGGAUGUCAGUAUCAUUACCGUUAACACAAAAACAUCUUAUAUUCUUUUGUCUUUUUGCAAAUGUCCAGUUAGAACUUACGUAAGUUGACGAGAUACGUACGAUUUUGAUUGUAAGAUUUUGACUUCCGGUGUUUGAAGAACUACCCUCUUCUGGAUUUGUAUUGUAUUUACUACACUCCGCGUCUCCAUAAACGUGGUAUAAGAGUUGACGAGCGGCAUUCCAACUGCCGGGUAGCUGUAAUUCUGCAGCCACCAAGCUAUUUCGGUGCAAGAACAAACUGUGUCACAACUGGCUAUGCUUGCUGGCAUUUUUUGAACACCUUAAAAAUUACUGUAGAUUUGCAUGUUGCAUUAUUCACUCGAAAAGUUAUAAAACAUAAGCCUCGCCCCCAGUAGACUAUCUGUCUAGUGGUGCCCCCGUCAAAAACAUCGGACGAUAUCACCAGACCAGACUUCGCACGACGCUACAACUAUAUUUAUGACAAUACAGGGUGUUAGUGACAUCGUAACGAAUAUUGAGGGGGAUGAUUCGGUUCAUUAUUCUGAGUCAAUAUCAAGUGGAAUUUCCUGUAGGAAAAUUCAUGAAAUUUAUUCAGAAACUGCAUUCAUGAAAUGUUUGGUGUAUUUUAAUUAUUUUUAGUUCCAUACUUUUGUGACGGAAAAUUCCACUUGGUAUCAACUCAGAAUCGUGGCCAGAAUCAUCCCUCAGUGUUAGUUACGAUGUCACUAACACCCUAAUGUACUUGUAUGGCUAUUAUAGUAUGUACUUGUAUGGGGUGUAAGUGACAUCGUAACGAAUACUGAGGGGGAUGAUUCUGUUCAUUAUUCCGAGUUAAUAUCAAGUUGAAUUUUCCAUCGCAAAAGUAUAGAAUAGAAAAUAAUAAAAAAAAACACAAUAAGGAACAUGCAUUUUCCGACGGAAAAUUUCACUUGAUAUCAGAAUAAUGGUCUGAAAUUCUGGAUCAACCCCUCAGUAAUUAAAACACAUAAUACCGGGUUCUUAAUACAAAUGAAAAUGUCGUGUAAAGUCUGGCGUCUCCAUCCAAUACCUACCGUUCUAUAUCGCCAGGUGUCAAAAAUGUCACCUAGUGAAGAAGAGGCUUUAGUAGCAGUUUUGCAGCUGCGUUGCAAUUCUAAUGCACCCUAUCUGUCAUAAUAAUAACUAAAAAUCGCCAAAGUAGGCCACUGCCAUAUAUUAUUUUACCUGUGUGCUGGUAUUUAUAUUGAAAAAAUAGUCUUCAUUAUGUCAAGCAUAAUUAAAAGUCUGUUUUAUAUUUUUAAUAUAUUAAUUCGAUUUUGCUAUUGUAUUUAAUUUUAAAAUGUGUGAUGUAAUGACUUUCAAAUUAAAUGGUAAUUCUGUAA